AUGAUGCGCCGCCAUGGCCGCGGCGGGCCGGCUGCUGAAGCGAAGACUACGGAAAUUGCAAGACUUCGAAAAAUGAUGCUCGGGACGCGCGUGCAAUACAACGAAAGAUGGGCCAAAAUCGCUUACAUCGGCCUCGUGCAAUUCGCUGACGGAGUCUUUGCGGGCCUGGUCUACGACGAGAAGGUCGGGAAGCACUCGGGAGAGGUGCGAGGCGUGCGUUAUUUUCGGUGUGCCCCAUCGCACGGCGCCUACGUCCCCCUUGACAAGGUGUUGACCCGACCGACGGAUGCCCAGCAAGAACAAGAUGCACCGUCACAGCAGCCAGCGGUGCAGGGGCCCGAACUUCUUCAGCCGGAACCCAUUGUGGCUGCCGAUGGACCUGCGGUCGACUUUGAUGGCCGCGACGUUGCCCCCGUUGAUGAACAGAUUGAGAAGCCCGUCUCCUCGAUUCGGGAUCGCAAGGAGGACCUCAUCCCCAGCACGUUCUUCAGUACAUACCAC